AUCUGCUUGCUUGCAUCCCGCCCGCUGGCACCUGACCGCUCCCCCAACAAAAUCUUAGCAAUCCCUUCCACCGACUAUCCUUCAACAUGGCUGAACAGCUCAACAUGGGUGGUCUCUCUAUCAACGAGUCUCAGCACGCCCCCUCCAACGGGUUCCCUGACCGUGCUGCCUAUAUUCCGCCUCACCUUCGCGGACGAUCGGGCACACCCUCAGGCCCGAUGGACGCUCCUCCUCCGGUCAUGAACGGCGGCCCGCCCCCGAUGAACGGGAACGUGAACGGAGGCGCCUGGGGACCUCCUCCAGGGGCAGGAUACGGCGGACCCCCUCCGCGCGCGGCCGCCGCCAACGGUGGCGGCAACUGGGCUAAUGCCAAUGCCCCUAACUUCACACCUAGAGGUAGCGACGCUCCCGCGCCCGCAGCCGCUGCAUCCGGAGCCGGAUGGGGUGGAAAGCCUGCGACAACCUUCGACCCGAAUGCUUAUGGGAAACCAGGUGCUGGAGGAUCAUCCGGAGUUGUCUCAGCUCGAGGUGCUGGUGACGGGACAUGGAGAGAUGGCAAACAUACCCCAGGUCCUGCCAACCCUCGUGUCGAGCGUGAACUCUUCGGCGUAGCAAAUGAUCCGUCCAAACAACACACGGGCAUCAACUUCGAGAAGUAUGAUGACAUUCCCGUCGAAGCCUCAGGCCAAGGCGUCCCUGAGCCCGUUACACGAUUCACGAAUCCUCCUCUCGACGAUCAUCUCUUGACCAACAUCGGCCUCGCCGGCUACAAUGUCCCCACACCGGUGCAAAAAUACUCUAUCCCUAUCGUUAUGGGUGGCCGUGACUUGAUGGCUUGUGCCCAGACUGGUUCCGGAAAGACUGGUGGUUUCUUGUUCCCCAUCCUUUCCCAGGCCUUCCAGACGGGCCCCAGCGCUCCCCCACAACAAACAGCGGGAGGAUACGGAUACGGCCGUCAGCGAAAAGCGUAUCCCACUUCCUUGAUCCUGGCUCCCACGCGUGAGUUGGUCUCUCAGAUCUUUGAGGAAGCCCGAAAAUUCGCCUACCGUUCCUGGGUGCGGCCCUGCGUCGUCUAUGGUGGUGCCGACAUCGGCUCCCAGCUUCGUCAGAUCGAGCGAGGCUGUGACUUGCUCGUUGCCACCCCCGGUCGUUUGGUCGAUCUCAUCGAGCGUGGCCGUAUUUCCCUCUGCAACAUCAAGUACCUCGUUCUCGAUGAGGCUGAUCGCAUGUUGGACAUGGGUUUCGAGCCUCAGAUUCGCCGCAUCGUCGAAGGCGAAGACAUGCCCCCAACAUCUGCCCGUCAAACUCUCAUGUUUUCAGCUACGUUCCCCCGGGACAUCCAAAUGCUUGCUCGCGACUUCUUGAAGGAGUACAUUUUCCUUUCUGUUGGUCGUGUUGGAUCUACUUCUGAGAAUAUUACUCAGAAGGUGGAAUACGUCGAGGACGUCGACAAGCGCUCUGUUCUGCUCGACAUCUUACACACCGUCGGCACUGGCCUCACAUUGAUCUUCGUCGAGACGAAGCGCAUGGCGGAUUCGCUCUCGGAUUUCCUUAUCAACCAAGGCUUCCCCGCUACAUCAAUCCACGGCGACCGUACCCAGCGCGAGCGUGAGAAGGCUCUGGAAAUGUUCCGUACCGGACGUUGCCCAAUCCUUGUCGCCACUGCCGUCGCUGCUCGUGGUUUGGACAUACCGAAUGUGGUUCACGUAGUCAACUACGACCUUCCGACCGACAUUGACGACUACGUCCAUCGUAUCGGCCGUACUGGACGUGCCGGAAACACAGGUCUCGCUACUGCCUUCUUCAACCGUGGCAACCGUGGCGUUGUCCGAGACCUCAUCGACCUUCUCAAGGAAGCCAACCAGGAGGUCCCAAGCUUCCUGGAGAGCAUUGCCCGCGAGGGCAGUGGCUUUGGUGGAGGUGGCCGUGGAGGUGGCCGUGGCCGUGGCCGCGGCGGAGCUGCCACUCGUGACGUUCGAGGCUUCAACCGCGCAGGCGGAGGUGGAGCCGGUGGCUUCGGCGGUGGAGGGAACUGGGGAGGUGCCCCUGGUGGAGGUGCCGGCGGCUAUGGAGGAGGAUUUGGCGGCCCACCUGCUGGCGGCUAUGGCGGAGGAGGAGGAGGAUACGGCGGCGGAAUGGGUGGUGGAAGCUACGGUAACCCAUCCGGACCCGGAGGCCAAUCCUCCUGGUGGUAGAUUCCUCUACCUCAACACCGAACCUGGCGCCUAGGUUACCUCAGUCCCUCUUGGACAGCCUGGGGCCACAAAGCCGUACUCGACACGGCUCGAUUCUCUUUUCUUUUCUGUUUUCACGGGUUGAUUCUGCUUUACCAGGAUUGCAAAUCGACACGGAAGUCCGGAACUUGCUCU